GCCACACUUAAGAGACUUACAGACCAGAAGAGGCACAGAGCGAGCUGUCUGCUGCUGCUGCGUCUUUGUGUGUGUGUUAGUGUUGCUCUCCAUUUAAGUGAAGCCAAGUGGAUUGAUCAGACAACAUGUGGGCUGCACGUCCACAGAAAGAGCAGGUGCCCCCUGCUCUGGGGGCUGACUGCUAAUCAUGCUGGGUACGGCUCAGCCAACUACCAGUAGCCUCAACCUGGUGAACUCUGAAGUUUGUGACACCAUAGCGACCCCGGACGUCCACGACGGUAUCAAGAUGGCCGACCUCGUGGAAAGCUUGGACACCAGAGAGCUGGAUAUAGGGGAGGGAGAGGAGCCCGACUAUGAUGGAAACUACAUAGGGGACUGUCGUAUCCCAUUUUCAGCAGUGUACGCCACAGUGGGCUUUAAGGAGGCCAGUGCAAAGGUUUACCUCCCCACUGUGCCCAUUACUGCGCGGAUCCUGGAGGUGGAGAGAUUCACCACAGCUCAGGACCGCUUCAACCUGUCGCACCACAGGAGUGUCAACAAGUCUCUGCCAGCGGUGUUUAAGAUUGAGCUGAAGCACGGGGAGUUUACCUGGAUGGUAAAGAGGAAGGAGAAACAUUUCAUGGAGCUGCACAGAGAGCUGAGGACGUACAAGACCUUCAUGAGGAUACCUCUGCCCUCGCGCAGCCACACAGUGAGGAGAAGGACGAUGAGGAAGAGUGAGGUGAGGGAGAUGCCCUCCCUGCCGAGGGGAGGAGGAGACGAGCUGGUGCGAGACGAGCAGGUCUCCAGCAGGAGGAGGCAAUUAGAAGACUAUUUGAACAAGCUGCUGAGGAUGGCCAUGUACCGCAAAUAUCACCAUACUAUGGAGUUCAUUGACGUCAGCCAGCUGUCGUUCAUUCAUGACUUGGGACCCAAAGGACUGGAAGGGAUGAUCUAUAAGCGCUCAGGCGGACACCGUAUCCCCGGCAUGAACUGCUGUGGUCACAGCCAAGCCUGCUACCGCUGGUCCAAACGCUGGCUGGUGGUGAAGGACUCAUGCUUGCUGUACAUGAAGCCAGACUCGGGGGCCAUCUCCUUCGUCCUGCUGGUAGAUAAAGAGUUCAGCAUCAAGAUGGACUCCAAAGAAACAGAGACCAAACACGGAGUCCGGAUCGAUACCCUCUCCAGGACCCUGGUGUUUAAGUGCAGCAGCUACAGACACGCCCGCUGGUGGGGUCAGAGCAUCGAGAGCUUCGUGAGGAAUCAUGGGAAGGCUUUCCUGCGAGAUCACCGCUUCGGAUCGUUUGCACAGGAGGAGGAAAACAUCCCUGCCAAAUGGUAUGUGAAUGGAAAGACUUACAUGGAGGAUGUGGCCGACGCUUUGGAGGAGGCUAAAGAGGAAAUCUUUAUCACUGACUGGUGGCUCAGUCCAGAGAUCUUCCUCAAGAGACCUGUGGUAGAGGGCAACAGAUGGAGACUGGACUGUAUCCUCAAACGCAAAGCUCAACAGGGAGUGCGCAUCUUUGUGAUGUUGUAUAAGGAGGUGGAGCUUGCCCUGGGCAUCAACUCAGGCUACAGCAAGAGGACCCUCAUGCACAUGCACCCCAACAUUAAGGUGAUGCGUCAUCCAGACCACGUCUCCUCCUCCGUCUAUCUGUGGGCACAUCAUGAGAAGAUCAUUGUCAUCGACCAAUCGGUGGCUUUCGUGGGCGGGAUCGACCUGGCGUACGGUCGCUGGGACGACAGAGAGCACCGGCUGACGGAUGUCGGCAGUGUGACGCGCUCUGUGGCCCUGGAGCAGGCUGGCUCCACCAAUACUCCGUCCAGUAAAGGCGUGUCCGCUGUCGAUGGCGUCUCCCAGAGCAACGGACGAGGGACGCCGGCCAGCGAUCCGGUGGACUUGCCCAAGCUGAAGGGGACUGGUCGCAACAGGAAGGCUCGCUUCAGUCUGUACAGGCACCUGCAUAAACACACUCUGCAGCAUGCGGACAGUGUCAGCAGUGUGGACAGCGCAGGGAGUGGUUCUGUGCAAAGCCUAAAGACAGGUGUGGGAGAGUUACAGGGAAACACUCGCUUCUGGCAUGGAAAAGACUACUGCAACUUUGUCUACAAGGACUGGAUCCAGCUGGAGAAACCGUUCGACGACUUUAUCGACAGAUACACCACUCCCAGAAUGCCUUGGCAUGACAUCGCCUCGGUGGUUCAUGGCAGAGCCGCCCGUGACGUGGCCAGACACUUCAUCCAGCGCUGGAACUUCACAAAGAUCAUGAAACCAAAGUAUCGCUCUCUGUCUUAUCCAUUCCUGCUGCCCAAGUCUCACUCCAGCGCCACUGACCUCAGAUACCAAGUCCCAGACUGCGUCAAUGCCAAAGUGCAGGUGUUGCGCUCAGCAGCAGACUGGUCGGCGGGUAUAAAGUACCAUGAAGAGUCCAUCCAUAACGCCUACAUCCAGGUCAUCGCCAAGAGCAAACACUACAUCUACAUCGAGAACCAGUUCUUCAUCAGCUGUGCCGACAACAGGACGGUCUACAACAAGAUCGGAGACGCUAUCAUUGAAAGGAUAAUCAGAGCACACAAGGAGGGUAAGAAGUACCGGGUCUACGUGGUCACCCCUCUGCUCCCUGGCUUUGAGGGAGACAUCACCACGGGAGGAGGGAACGCCAUUCAGGCUGUCAUGCACUUCAACUACAGAACCAUGAUCAGAGGCGAGUACUCCAUCAUCUCCCAGCUGAAAAGAGAGAUGGACGACCAGUGGAUGAACUACAUCUCCUUCGCUGGUCUGCGGACUCACGCUGAGCUGGAGGGACGCCUGGUCACGGAGCUCAUCUACGUCCACAGCAAGAUGCUCAUUGCCGAUGACAACACAGUCAUCAUUGGUUCGGCUAACAUCAACGACAGAAGCAUGCUGGGUAAACGCGACAGUGAGGUGGCAGUGAUCGUUGAGGACUCUGAAAAGGUGUCUUCAGUGAUGGAUGGACAGGAGUAUGAAGCCGGACCCUACGCACUCCAGAUACGCCUGGAAUGCUUCAGGACCAUCCUCGGAGGUCACACUGACACCAGCAUUGACCUGUCUGACCCAAUCAGCGAUCGCUUCUAUAAGGAGGUGUGGAUGACCACAGCUGGCCGCAACGCCACCAUUUAUGAGAAGGUAUUUCGCUGCCUUCCUUCGUCUCUGGUGAGGAACAUGUCUGAGCUGGAGCACUUCCAGUCGAUACCAGGCUUGGCCCAGACGGACCUGACCCGCGCUCACGAGGAGCUGCGCAGAAUCCGAGGCUUCCUGGUCCAGUUUCCUCUGGACUUCCUGUCGGAGCAUAACCUCAUGCCCUCUGUUGGAACAAAGGAGUCCAUGGUCCCAACUGAGAUCUGGACAUAAAGGACGUGAAAACCGCCUACUACAACCUACUUACACAUCUGAACUGAACUGGUUCAUGAGCGAAGCCUCUGGAUCGUGCUCAUCAUCGAAUGUGUAAUAUUGGAUUUGCAAGAAGAGAGGCAGGUUUACAGCUCUCUUCAGGGCUGAUGUGACUGCUGGGAAUUGACAAAUCUCUCAAAUCUGUUUCUACUGAAAAACACUAAACAGUAGUUACAGCUUAAAAGGGGUAAGCACUAUGUUUUUGGGAUGUAUGAAGAACAGAAUUAUGUCACACUUGAGGACAACAGUAACUGUAACUGCAUUGGGACUGCAUCCAAGUUGGCACAUGAACUUGGGGUUUUUUGGGAAUCAAACUCAACUCUGGAUUUAACUUACAUCUUUGGACUGUUGGAAAAUCUCACGAGACAGUGAGGAUUUCUAAGGGACCAGGCUGGGGCUUUAGACAACAGUGCUGAUAAAUACUCAGCUCUUGGAUCAAGAUAGAACAAAAUACACAGAUGACGAUGCAUGUGAUUUACCGAGUUUGUGACGUAAGGUGCAUUAGUGCUAAACACGCUGUAUAUGAGCUCACGGGAGAGUUGUUAAGCUCGCAUAUGUGCUGCUUUAGACGGAUUGUUGUCUCAGUUGUAUCUUGUAGAUCUUUUCUAAUCCAAAGACAUGCGCUUGCUCUUCACCGUGGUCACACAUGCACGCAGACAAUUUUACCGGUCCAACAGUGGUGCAUGAUUUCCUAACCACGCUCGGAUCUUGUUGACACAGUUUCCAUGAUGCAUGUACCAAUCACAUCCCAUCAGAGGCGUUAUAUUUACUGUCAGAGGUGUUUUGUACGAGAUAAUUAUUGACAAAUGAGACAAGCUUUUUCCACUGUUCAAAUCAAUGUGAAUCAAAGUGAAGUUUGUACAAAAGCUAAUUUGAACAUUAUCGUGGCUAAGGAAGUAAGAUCAAAGAGGGAAUGGUCGUGUCGGAGGCUGGAUGAGACAAUCUGCCCACUAAUUCAAAGAAGCAGUUUCUUCUUUGCUCAACAGAUGGUGCUGGCUUCUUAAAAAUACCGUCUACAGUCAUGUAGCAGUUUGAGGCGAGACUUUCAGAUCUCCUGCCUGCUUUCCUCUUAGUCUUAUGGCGAAGGCUUUCUGUUAAGUAGUUUGUAAACAAUGAACAUAAAAACCAAUAUUUCCUGUAUAGCAUGCAGCUGAUGCCAGAGGCAGAUUUUUCAUAUGAAGAUACAGUUUGAAAUUGCUUGUUACGUUUCCAGGUUUCUGGCAGUUUCUAGUUGCGUUUUUUAUUUUUUACUUUUAUGUGACCUAUGAGGCAAUAGAUUUUUCUUUUUCUUUUUUUUUGUAUAUGUGAAUGGUUGGACUCUGUGUUGACUAAUUAGUUUAAUUAGUUUUUAUUUUUAACAUCUGCAAAGAGUGUCUUGUUUUGAUCGCCAACCCUCUCGAAUGUGAAGUUAAAUAACCAGUCCUGUGGAAUCCAGCUAUGUUCAGUUAUUGUGACGAACACGUAAAAUAUUAGGGCAUAUAAUUGGUUAAAGAUGUUCUCUGAGGUUAUCAAACAACAAAAGGCUGACGUUGGAGCUGCUUUGAAAGAGGAGUCCCGUGAAUCAGCAACAUGAAUCGCUUCAUUUGACUUUUCUGAUAAAAGGGAAAACACCUACAUUUAUUUAACAGAAGCAAUAAAUGCAAAGCACAGGCUCUGAUAAUGAAUUGUUUUUAUAUGGGACCAGGAAGUUAAUAAAUGUUAAGUGAAGAGUUAAUGUUUGGAAACAUUAUGCUGUUUGUUUCUUCAAAGACAAACCAGCUUUUCUUUAUUUCUUUAUUGAUUUCGACAAUAUUGCCAGCUUUGUUGAACCUUGCCAUCUUUGUCAGUGCAUUAUUUAUGGAAUAUGAAUCAUUUAACAUUCUUUAAACAUUUAUUGUUUAAAUGUAUAGCAUGGUUGUAUGGAUGGUUGUGGAUUUGUAAUUAAGCCUCUUUCUUUAUCAUAAGCAUCAUCAUCAUCAUCUGAAUCCCUUUACCUCAACGUCUUGCUUCCACUCUCUUUUUUUUUGUACAGUUGAAGGUAUUUCUAAUUUCUAUAUCUGUUCAUUUAACACAGUGUAACUCAUAAUUUAAAUGGCUAACAAAUAAAAAAUUAUCUUUUGAUUUUUUUUGUUUGUUUCAUCGCAUGAAAAUAAUUGAAAUAAGUACAUCUGCAUCAUACUGACGGGUGACUGGAGCAGGUGAAACUGCAUGGCUGUUCUGGCCUGAGUCCAUCACAUAAGUGCUUUUAUAGAUGAGAUUUUCCACUUCCGAGAGCACCAAGAUUUCUUGUGAAAAUAAAUAAAGCAAACAAAGACUUCUUUGUCCAACUGUUCACAAGAA